AUGGGAACAUUUGAUGGAGAGGUAGGGCAAGAAGGAGAAGGAGAAGUGGAAGGACAAAGAGAGGUGGAAUUAGAGAGUGAAGGAAAGAGGGAGCAGAUUUCUCAAGAGAUUGAAGUGGAGGUUGGUGACCAGAGAGAAGAAGAGAGUGGAGCUAGGGGUUCGGAUAGUGAUGCUAAAGAUGAUUGUAGUCAGCGCAUUGUUACAAGUAGGCGGAGGGAUGUUGUUGAAAGUGGAUCUGAGGAAAAUCAUUUCGAUAAAAAUGAUGGUGUAGAAGUUGAUGCAGCCAGAAGCCUAAGCAGGUCACCCAUAGACAAAUAUAAAACUCAUGAAUUGCAUUCUGCCCUGGAAAUUCGUGAUGUAUUUGGUGAUUUUGAUGACGAAAAGGAGGAUAUGGGGUAUGCAGACAAUGAACAAGAUUCAAAUAGAUAUUCCUGCGGUGAGCAAAACAUUGAAAUGGAAACUAAAGAUAAGCCACUUGGCUCCUCCUUGGAGUUAGAGAUUCCAUUACGUAAACCACCAGCUCUUCCUAAUAAGAAAAUUUACAUGUUGAAUGUGCAAUAUGGCAUCUUAGUUUCAGUUGCGCUACAUAAUUUAUUUUGUAGUAAAAAAUAUUGUUCAUGGUCAGGGAAUCCUGCAAUCACAAGGAAGGUUAUUGAAGAAAGUGAAAUUUAUGCCAUCUUCCUUGUCCUCAAAUUCUCAUCGGUUGUUGACUCAAGGCAAAGGAAGAUUUAUAAGUCUCAUUUACAUUAUGUCUCAAAUACAAUAAUCCAACCCUAUCAUUUCCUGGCUGAAAGUCAGACUAUCAGGGCUAACGUAAUUCUUAACCGUAAGUGUGGAAAAGUGAAUCAGAAAUAUGCUCCAAUUGAGAGGAGGCGCCAACUUUCUCCUGGGUUUUUAGAGGAUGCUGUGGGCGAGGAUGCUGAAGCAGAUUAUUUUGACUCACGUUGUAAACAACGUCACUUUGAGGAUGAGUUGGAAGCAGAAGUCCAAGCAGAGAAAAGGAUUAUGAAUGCUAAGAAGUCACAGAGACCGAAGGACAUUCCUCGUAAGUCAUCUUUUCCACCAGCAAAAUCCUCACGGGACCCAGUGGGUUACCCAGAUGACAGAGGAAGAAAUACCUCAUUCACGUAAGAGAGAUGAUGAUACUGAGCCGGAGUAUCAGGACUCCGAAAAAGUUUAUGAAGAAACCGCUCGAGCUGAUGCUGCUGCUUCAGACGAGGAAGAAGAGGAGGAAAUGAAGCAUAAGAGUCUAGAUUUAAAGGGUAAGGUCAAAAGGAAGGGGUUUGAAUCUGAUGAAAAAUCUCCUCCUAGAAAACCAUCAACCAAUCGGCGAAUGACUGUUGUGUCUGACAGUGAUGAGGAUUGAAACUCCGAUCUUGCAAAUUGCAAUUGGAAGUUGGAAGGAACAUUGCUUCUGGCUGCAGCACAAGCUAGACGACUCAUUUGUUUUCUCCCUCCUCUAUAUUAUUGCCUAUACACUAAAAUUUUGAAGUUUUGGACACAUCAAGAAGACCUAGUAGAGGCACACUUUAAUUGGUAUUUUGUCUCGGGUCUAUGUUGUUCACUAUAUUUCUAAUGUUGAUUAGAAUAAUAGUGUAAAUAUUUUUGUUUUCUGCAUAUUCUAAUCCAACGUUGUAUUCCAAGGGAACCAGUGCUAUAGCUGAGGAAUUUGUCAGUUCAUCCCUUC